CCGUGCCUCUUUGGUAUGCACGAGUGCCGUUCCCUCCACACCACACGGGGCUGCCUUGCUGCCGGCAGUGGGAUUGGAUGCUCGCCCAACGCCAGGUCGUUCUGUGCCGCGUGCAGGACCCUGUCAAACUAGUUGGAUUGGAUUUUGCAAGGGGAGGGGUUGGGGGGAGCCCAGAAGGGAGGCAAGAAUAGGGUGCUCAGGUUGGCUUCGGCACUUGGAGAGUGGUCAUGAUUCGAGCCUUGAGUGGAUUCCGACUGGAGAGAUUCCGACAUCCCUGUCCCAGGAGCCAGGAGCACCUGUGCUGGAAGUGGGAUUGUCUCGCUGGGGGGUACAAUUAGGUGGACAUGAAUCAACUGGAUGCCCCACGUCCCCUCAACUGGACCAUCAGGAAACUCUGCCAUGCAGCAUUUCUGCCUUCCGUCCGGCUCCUCAAGGCACAGAAAUCCUGGAUAGAAAGAGCGUUCAGUAAGCGGGAAUGUGUCCAUGUCAUCGUGAGCACGAAAGACCACCACAGGUGUUGCUGCGGACGCCUGAUUGGCCAGCAUGUCGGUUUGCCCCCCAGCAUCUCCUCCAGCCAGAAUGAUAAGAGCGAGCGACUCACCAAAAAUGACAGCCUGUUGGAGAAGUGGUCCAUCAGCAAGCAUACACAGAUCAGCCCCACAGAUGCCUUUGGCACCAUUGAGUUCCAGGGAGGGGGGCACUCCAACAAAGCAAUGUAUGUCCGGGUGUCUUAUGACACCAAACCUGACCUCCUCCUGCACCUUAUGACCAAGGAGUGGCAGCUGGACCUCCCCAAGCUCCUCAUUUCCGUCCACGGUGGCCUGCAGAACUUUGAACUGCAACCCAAACUCAAGCAGGUCUUUGGCAAGGGGCUCAUAAAGGCUGCCAUGACAACAGGUGCCUGGAUCUUCACUGGAGGAGUGAACACAGGGGUCAUCCGGCAUGUAGGUGAUGCACUGAAGGACCACGCCUCCAAAUCCAGGGGUAAGAUCUGCACCAUUGGAAUUGCUCCGUGGGGAAUUGUGGAAAACCAGGAUGACCUCAUUGGCAAAGACGUGGUCAGGCCGUACCAGACCAUGUCAAACCCGCUGAGCAAGCUCACAGUGCUGAACAGCCUCCAUUCCCACUUCAUCCUGGCUGACAAUGGUACUACCGGGAAGUAUGGCGCCGAGGUGAAGCUGCGCAGGCAAUUGGAGAAACACAUCUCCCUGCAGAAGAUCAACACCAGAAUCGGGCAGGGGGUACCUGUAGUUGCACUCAUAGUGGAGGGUGGGCCCAAUGUCAUCUCUAUUGUGUUGGAGUACCUGAGGGACACGCCACCUGUGCCUGUUGUGGUGUGUGAUGGCAGUGGCCGAGCUUCAGACAUCCUGGCAUUUGGGCACAAGUACUCGGAGGAAGGCGGGAUUAUUAAUGAGUCUUUGAGAGACCAGCUUCUUGUCACCAUCCAGAAGACAUUCAACUACAGUCGGACCCAGGCUCAGCACCUCUUCAUCAUCCUUAUGGAGUGCAUGAAGAAGAAGGAGCUGAUAACAGUUUUUAGAAUGGGGUCCGAGGGACAUCAGGACAUAGACUUGGCCAUCCUCACUGCUCUUCUGAAAGGAACCAAUGCUUCAGCUCCUGACCAGUUGAGUCUGGCCUUGGCGUGGAAUAGGGUGGACAUUGCCAGAAGUCAGAUUUUUAUCUACGGGCAGCAAUGGCCGGUAGGAUCCCUGGAGCAGGCCAUGUUGGACGCAUUGGUGCUGGACAGAGUGGACUUUGUGAAGCUACUGAUUGAGAAUGGGGUCAGCAUGCACCGCUUCUUGACCCUCUCCAGACUGGAGGAGCUUUAUAACACGAGACAUGGACCUUCAAACACAUUGUACCAUCUGGUCAGAGAUGUCAAAAAGCAAGAAUAUCCAGGGUUCAGUUGGAUCUAUUUCAAGGGCAACCUCCCGCCAGACUAUCGGAUCAGUUUGAUUGACAUCGGCCUGGUGAUUGAGUACUUGAUGGGAGGAGCCUACCGCUGCAAUUACACCAGGAAAAGGUUUCGAACUCUUUAUCACAAUCUCUUCGGCCCCAAGAGACCAAAAGCAUUAAAGCUCUUGGGAAUGGAGGACGAUAUGCCAAUCAGGAGAGGCAGGCAAAAGACCACCAGGAAGAGGGAAGAGGAAGUGGACAUUGAUCUAGAUGAUCCUGAGAUCAACCAUUUUCCCUUUCCGUUCCAUGAGUUAAUGGUGUGGGCAGUUCUGUUGAAGCGACAGAAGAUGGCACUCUUCUUCUGGCAGCAUGGUGAGGAGGCCAUGGCCAAAGCACUGGUGGCCUGCAAGCUGUGCAAGGCUAUGGCGCAUGAGGCCUCCGAGAAUGACAUGGUGGACGACAUCUCACAGGAGCUCAACCACAACUCCAGAGAGUUUGGCCAGCUGGCGGUCGAGCUGCUGGACCAGUCCUACAAGCAAGAUGAGCAGAUGGCCAUGAAGCUGCUCACCUACGAGCUGAAGAACUGGAGCAAUGCCACAUGCCUGCAGCUGGCUGUUGCUGCCAAGCACCGAGACUUCAUUGCUCACACCUGCAGUCAAAUGCUGCUAACCGACAUGUGGAUGGGACGCCUGCGCAUGCGCAAAAACUCUGGGCUCAAGGUGAUACUGGGCUUGCUUCUACCACCAUCCAUCCUGAGUCUGGAAUUUAAGAACAAGGAUGAGCUGUCCUACAUGCCCCAGGAUCAGGAGACCUACCUUCAGGAGAAGGACGUAGAGGAGCCCGAGAAACCGGUCAAGGAGAAAGAGGAGGAGGACAUGGAGUUCACAGUAAGGUCCUACUGUGGGACGCAGUACAACUCUGUGGCUAUGUUGGGGAAAGUAACAUCAGAAACAUCCCAUAAGAAGGACGUGGAAGAAGUCCAAAACAGACAUAGGUUUAUACCGUUUGGACGAAAGAUCUAUGAGUUUUACAAUGCGCCAAUCGUCAAGUUUUGGUUCCACACUAUGGCCUAUGUCGGAUACCUCAUGCUUUUCAAUUACAUCGUGCUGGUCAAGAUGGACUUGUGGCCCUCACCACAGGAGUGGAUCGUCAUUGCAUACAUCUUCACCAACGGCAUCGAGAAAAUGAGAGAGAUCCUGAUGUCAGAGCCUGACAAGCUGCUGCAGAAGGUGAAGGUGUGGCUGCAGGAGUAUUGGAACAUCACUGACCUCAUGGCCAUCCUCAUCUUCUCUGUGGGCAUGGUUCUGCGCCUCCAGGACCCGCCAUUCAUGAGCUAUGGCAGGGUCAUCUACUGUGUCAACAUCAUCUACUGGUAUAUCCGCCUGCUGGAUAUCUUUGGAGUCAACAAGUAUCUGGGACCUUACGUCAUGAUGAUAGGCAAGAUGAUGAUUGACAUGAUGUACUUUGUCAUCAUAAUGCUGGUAGUACUAAUGAGCUUUGGUGUGGCACGACAAGCCAUUCUGAAUCCCAAUGAGGACCCAUCAUGGAUGCUGGCACGCAACAUCUUCUUCAUGCCCUACUGGAUGAUCUACGGAGAGGUGUUUGCUGACCAGAUUGACCCUCCAUGUGGGCAGAACACCACAGCCGAAGAUGGUGCCAUCAUAGCCCUCCCGCCAUGCAAGACUGGGGCCUGGAUUGUGCCUGCCAUCAUGGCCUGCUACCUGUUAGUCGCCAACAUCCUUUUGGUGAACCUCUUGAUAGCCGUAUUCAAUAAUACAUUUUUUGAAGUGAAAUCCAUCUCAAACCAAGUGUGGAAGUUUCAGCGAUACCAGCUGAUCAUGACAUUCCACGAGAGGCCCGUGUUGCCCCCGCCACUUAUUAUCUUCAGCCACAUGACCAUGCUCCUGAAGCACCUGUGCUGUCGCUGGCGAAAGCAUGAUGACGACGAACAUGACUAUGGGCUGAAGCUUUUCAUCACAGAAGAUGAGCUGAAGAAGGUGCAUGACUUUGAAGAGCAGUGCAUUGAAGAGUACUUCAGGGAAAAGGAUGACCGCUUCAACUCUUCCAACGAUGAAAGGAUCAGAGUAACAUCUGAGAGGGUGGAGAACAUGGCCAUGCGUCUGGAGGAGGUAAACGAGCGGGAGCACUUCAUGAAGGCCUCCCUGCAGACUGUGGACAUCCGUCUGGCACAGAUGGAGGAGCUCAUCGGGCGCAUGACUAUGGCCUUGGAGCGAGUGGCGGGGGUGGAACGGGCUGAGGUCAGCAAGGUCCGGUCCCGCACGUCCUCCGACUGCACAGACACCGCGUACAUCUUGCGACAGAGCAGCUUCAACAGCCAGGAGGGUAAUGCAUACCGCAUCCAGGAGGCUCUGGAGCAAGGCGGAGAAGAGUCCAUUUCUCCCACCUCACCUACCAUCCUGGCCCCCCGAGCCAGGAGCCACUCUUUCUAUGUGGGGGGGUCACGGGAGAGGGGAGGGACAGACAGGAUCGAAGGCUUUUUCAAAGAACGGUCCCUGAGCCUGCACCGUGCCAACAGCUCACAGUCAAUGGCCUCUGCCACUCCAAAGGACCACAAGCCCAUCCCCCUGAACACACUCUCUGUUUGCCACCAGCACCGGCCCUCUUCCUGCAUCGAUAUCUAUGUGUCGGCAUCCGAGGAGGCACACCCGCCUGUAGCUGAACCUGACUCACUGCGGAUGAUUCCUUUUCAGCGGGACUGCUCCCUGCACUCGGACAUUUUAGAGGCCAUGCAUGGUGGAGACUCCUACACUGGGGCUGGGAUCGGAGCAGGAGCAGGAGCUGGAGGCGACAGGCUCUCUGAAGGCACGGCUGUGUUUGAGGACAGUGCCGCUGUUGACCUGUCACUGUGCUCCAGCCACCUGCUGCCCGACACCUUGACACCCUGGGACCUGGAGCCACCUGUGCCCCUGGAGCGUUCCAAGAGCAGUCGCUACCUAUCUGCUGGUGGGCCAUUCUUCCUGGAGGACCCACCUCUGGUGAAGUCUCACAGCCUGAUGUUCACACCACGUGGCUACUACGGUGGCCUGGGGGUGCAGGUGAAGGCAGCUGAGUACACAAGCAUCACCGACUGCAUUGACACCCGCUGUGUCUCGGCCCCACAUGCCCCACCCGAGCGCUCGGAGUCACCUAGCUCCUGCUUCUUCGACAAGCCCCAGGACCUAGGCACCUCGCAUCCCGAACGUGAAGCUGAGCUCAGCCAUGCCGAAUCCGACCCCGAGGAGCCCGAGGCACUGUCCGAGGCCCGCAGAGCCACCACAGGCCCCACACUGGCAUACCAAGGGGGGCCAGGUGCCACGGGCCCCUUCUGUACCCCACUCUCCCGCCUGGAACGAACCAACAGUUGCUCGUCUGAGGAUUCACACACAGCCAACGCCCAUGCCCAUAAGACUUUCUCCUUCAGUGAGAAGAUGGACAGACAGCGAUACUCUCGGAACCCUUUUCAAAGGAGCAAGUCUACGACAAAGCCAGACAGCAAGACAGACAGCCUCACCACGAGGAAGAUGACUAAGCCCUCUGCCUUCCGUAGCUUUGACAGCAGACAGAAUUACACGUAGUGGGUCAUUCCAUUAGUCCUCCAAGGAAAAUCAUAGUUCCACCUGUACCCCGUUCUGUUCAGGCAACAGCCUUUUACAUCAAUGAAGCAAUUAGAUUGUCUGUGGACUGUCCAAAGUUUGUUUACUCCACUGCUGUAAACUGCAAUGUGUAAGAUACAUAUCAUCUGGUGACAGGGCAGACACCAAGCCAAAAAAGAUAUUUAGGUGAAACAAAAUAAGCAUCACUGCUGAUUGAGUGAAUUACGUCCCUUCAAGAACAUCAUCUUAUUUCAUCUGUCAUAUGUAUGUUAAAUAUGUUGCGUACCAUAGACACUUGUGUUUUUUUUUUGGAUAGUUUAACCAGAGCACUCAUGAAAGUAUUCAACCAUUUCCUUGUCCUGGGGUUUUUUCUCUAGAAAGUCUUUGUGUAAAAACAAACUGGUUGAUCAUAUGGGAAAUUCCAUGAAUACUUAAAAUUCCAAAUAUGCUACUUUAAUAUAUCAUUAACAUAAACAUUUGGAUCUUCAGCAGAAUUGACUGGACUUCUUGUCUUUUAUGCCUUUUGCAGAGCUGAACCAGGCUUAGUUCUUCAAACAAAGCAUCUGUGUCAGAGAAAUUGCCCAGUGUCCCCUUGCAGCAAAAGCAAGGCUGUGUUCAAUACAUACAACACUGCACUCAGUGCUGUGAACCUACUUUUUUGCAUGGUGUUGAUAACACUCUUUAGAUUGAAUUAAUUGGAAUAGAGUUUCACAAGAAACACAGGAUUUGGCUGAUGAUAAACUGCAGCAUUUAUUGAAUGGAGGAAUGUCGACGGAUGUUGAUCAUUUAAAAAUAAAAUGGCAAUUACAAUGUUCAAAUCCAAUAUUUAUGCCAAAUAUGUCACUUAUUCAUGUUCACUUACAUGAUGAAAAGAGAUGGCUUGUAAAGUAGUUGCAGUAUUGUGAAGACAUAACAAUUAUAUUCUAGAGAAAAGUUUUCAAAACUGAAAAAAAAUCCGUAGCUAUUGAACACAGUCUGCCAUUCUCUUCUCUUUUUAAAAAGAGAUUUUCUAAUUGUUUCUUAUUUAAUCACUUUACUGUUUAACUUUGAAUGUCGAAUAGGAGAAAUCAAUGUUUGUAUGUUAAACUCAAAGCAUUUAGUUAGACAAACAGUAAGCCUACAUGCGUGUGAAUAUUUCAUAUGCAAAGUGCUUAUUAGUUCCGAUGAAAAGACAGGGAUUAAAAAUUCUAUUUUAAAUGUAAGGGAAUUUGAGUUAUGCUUUGCAAGUCUAACAAAAUUUUGGAUUUAAGAAAGAUUGUGAUGAAUUUAAAAUUCUGUUUCAAAUGUGUGUUACACCAAGUUAAAUAUUAGUGUAUUUUUAGA